GCCGUUAUCGAAGGUACCUUCCUCUAAUAGCAGCGGAAACGGGAUGCAGGCUAGCUCCGGACUCUUCUCUUCUUUCAUGGUCACCAUGGAGUCUGGCCUGAAUCCACUGCCACCGUUUCCAGAAAACUCCUAUAAAAUGACUGAGGAGGACGUGAAGAGGCUGAUUGAGUUCAGAGCGUCCAAUGAGGCUCUGUUCACAGGGAAAAGAAACUCUGCCAAGAUAGCAUGGAGCACCAUCCUAAAGGGCCUGGGUCUUGAAGGGAAAUUGACAGCAGACCAGAUCGCCAAGAAAUGGGACAACCUGCGGACUAAAUACAAGGACCUGAAGCAGCCCUACCAGGGACAGGACAACAUCGGGGGUGUUGUAGAGUCGUGGCCCUGGUUCCACAUCAUGGAUGAAGCCAUGCAGGGUCGUCUGUACAACAGCAACUUGGUGCUCAGUCCGGAGACUGUUGGGAACACUGCUCACCGCAGUAACAACCAACCCAGCCAGAACCAGGAGAAUACCGACAUCCUGGAGUUCCUCAUCAAAACGGAGAUGGAGGACACAGUGGCAGCAGAGAGUGCAGAGGAUGAUGGGACAGUUCACACAGAGACUCCACCCACUGAGGGAGUCCCUAUGGGCUGGAGGAGGAUGACCGAGUGCUCCUAUAAAAUGACAGAAGCAGAGACAGAACGAAUGAUCAAACUUCGAGCUGCAAACGAAGCUCUCUUCACCGGCAGGAAACAUUCAGCCAAACCAGCCUGGAGAGCCAUUCUCUAUGAGCUGGGUCUUCAGGGGAAGCUGACCACAGAGCAGUUAGCCAAGAAGUGGGACAACCUGAAGAGGAGAUACAAGGAGCUGAAAUUUCCUGCUCGCGGCGUGGAGACAAAUCCGAGCUCCUGGCCCUGGUUCUACCGAAUGAAUGACGCCAUGGAGGGACGAUUCGCCGGCACUGCGCCCAUCCUCACUCCCAUUGUGGAGGAUGAAGACGAAGACUGUGAGCCACUGUCACCCACGCCCAAGAAACGAGCCCGCCGGAGCCGGGGGGGCAUGGCUGAGUUUCUUACAGAGUCAGAGAUGGACCUGCUGGUUGAUAACGAAGAGAAGAACGGUUCUACGGCAUUGGGAGAGCUGCACCGGAUGGCUGAGUUCACAUACAAAUUGACAGAGGAAGACACCAGGCGACUAAUCAAGCUACGAGCUGCUAACGAGUUGCUGUUUACUGGGAGGAGGAACACUGCCAAGCCGGCCUGGAGAGGAAUAGUGAAGGAGAUGGGUCUGACAGGGAAGAUAACGCCUGACCAGGUUGCCAAGAAGUGGGACAACCUGAAGACCAAAUUCAAGGACCUGAAGUUUCCUCCUCGGGGGAUGGAGAACCAGACCAACCCAGCCUCCUGGCCCUGGUUCCAGCUGAUGAGUGACGCUCUGGAAGGACGACUAGCGGGGAAGGCUCCCAGGGUGACACCUGUCUGGACCAAUGAGGAGGACAGCGUCUUCGGCUCGUCUCCUCCCGACAGAGACUGUAUGCUAGCAGAGAGGAGCAGUGUGUCAGAGUUGGAGUGCAUGGUAGGGGGAGACAGCGGCGAGGCUGAGGGGAACAUCACCUAUAUUGACGCCAGCGGAGAGGAGUGUUCAACACCUUCUGACCUCUCUUACAAAAUGACGGAUCAGGAUACCAGGAGGAUGAUUAAACUUCGAGCUGCUAACGAGGUGUUGUUCACUGGGAGGAGAAAUGCUGCCAAAGCCGCCUGGAAGGCCAUCCUGAAGGAGCUUGGGCUGCAGGGGAAGGUCUCCACCUACCAGAUGGCAAAGAAAUGGGACAAUCUGAAGAGGAGAUACAAGGAUCUGAAGUAUCCUCCUGUGGGGAUGGAGAGUGUAGCAGACGGCGCCUCCUCCUGGCCCUGGUUCCACCUGAUGAAUGAAGCCAUGGAGGGCCGCCUGGCGAGCAGUGCCCCUCUCCUAACCCCCGUCACCCAGGACGAUGAGCAGCACCCUGCA